AUGUCUUUACUCGUUGACAAGUUGAGACCUCGGUCACUUGAAGCUCUUACCUAUCAUGCCGACCUGAGCGAACGCUUACAGUCCUUGGCCGCAUCUGCCGACUUUCCUCAUAUGCUUUUCUACGGACCUUCUGGUGCGGGCAAAAAGACCAGAAUAUUAGCAACGUUGCGGGCAUUGUAUGGACCCGGUGCUGAGAAGAUCAAGAUUGAUGCACGAAUAUUCCAGACCUCAUCGAGUAGAAAGAUCGAGUUCAAUAUAGUUUCCUCUGUAUAUCAUCUCGAAAUUACACCAUCCGACGUUGGUACCUAUGAUAGGGUAGUGGUUCAAGAGUUAUUGAAGGAAAUCGCGCAAACACAGCAAGUCGACCUUAACGCAAGACAACGCUUCAAGGUCGUUGUCAUAAAUGAAGCUGAUGGAUUGAGCCGAGAUGCUCAAGCAGCUUUGCGGAGAACAAUGGAAAAAUAUAGCAACAACGUGCGCCUGAUAUUAGUGGCAAACAGUACAGCUGGAAUCAUUGCUCCCAUCCGGUCAAGGACUCUGCUCGUGCGAGUCGCUGCUCCAACGCACAAGGAGAUUUGCGAUGUGCUUCAAAAUGCAGCAAAGAAAGAGAAUUGGAAGGCUAUACCCGCAUUGAACGAGAGAAUAGCGCAGGAUAGUGGACGGAAUCUCAGACGUGCCCUGUUGAUGUUCGAAGCCGUAUAUGCUCAGAAUCCAGAAGUGUCAGAGAAGACGCCAAUUCCUCCGCCAGACUGGGAAGUCUUGAUUGCAGAGAUAGCGAAUGACUGCUUGACCGAGCGAAGUCCUCAGAUGAUCAUGACCAUUCGAGCAAAAUUGUACGACUUGCUGAGUCAUUGUAUACCAGCCACAAUGGUCAUCAAGGUGUUGUGCUUCAAACUGGUGGAGAGACCCGAGGUCGACCCAAUUCUGAAGCCAGACGUGGUCAAAUGGGCAGCCUUCUACGAACACCGCAUCAAGCAGGGCAGCAAGGUAAUCUUUCAUCUAGAAGCUUUCGUUGCAAAGUUUAUGCGGAUAUACGAGAUGUUUCUGGUCGGUGCGACGUAG